AUGCCUGUCACAAAAUCGUUGGGUAAAAUCCAGAAAGGAUUAAAGGGUAAGAAAUUUACUGUUCACCCAAAAGGGCGCAAAUUCCAGCAGCUAAACAGAGCUACCCUUCGCGAAGAGAAAGUUCAGGCAAAAAAGAGAGCUCACAACGAAAAAAGAUCCAACGAGUUAGCGCGUAUGACUUUUGUACAGUCAGCCAUUAAAACUGAUUCUUUGAAGGAAAAAGAAGUAUUCGAUUAUAAGGAAACUGCAGUACUAAUUCAAGAGUUUAUUGCCCGCGAUGAUAAUGAAUUAAAUGAACUAAAAUCUAAGAGAAGACAGAAUAGACCUCCCACUGGUAGGCAACAGCUUUUGCAACAUAAAAGAGAUUUGGAAAUGGAAGAAUUCAAGUCAGGUUUUUUGUGCCCAGAUCUGACAGACCCUGAAAAUGUGAUCUUUUUAAGAGCUUGGAAUCAAACUUUUGGAGGUUUGAGUACUUUAAAACUGAUAAGAAUCAAUGAUAAAGGCGAAAAGGUUCUUGGGGGAACAAAACCUGUAAAACCUAUUGGUGAAUUAAAAGACAUUGAAAUGAACUGA